AUGGCAACGACUACAAAGCGUCCCAACUUCCUUGUCAUCGUCGCGGAUGACCUAGGAUUCUCCGAUAUUGCGCCGUUCGGUGGUGAGAUAUGCACGCCACAUCUGGAUAAACUGUCAGAGGAUGGAGUUCGGUUCACCGAUUUCCAUGCCGCUGCGGCGUGCUCGCCAUCUAGAGCCAUGAUCAUGACUGGCACAGAUCACCACAUUGCUGGUUUGGGCAACCUGAUUGAGUGGACCAACAUCUCUGGGCAAAAUGAUCCCACUGGCAAGAUGUCUACUAAUGUUCAACGAGGCAUGCCCGGAUACGAGGGGUAUCUGAACGAGCGUGUUGCAGCCUUGCCUGAAAUUCUUCAUGAUGCCGGAUAUCAGACAUUGAUGGCUGGCAAAUGGCAUUUGGGGCUGACGCCUGAGAGAAGCCCCAAGGCCCGCGGCUUUGAGCGAAGCUUUGCUCACCUGCCUGCAUGCAGCAACCACUAUGCUUAUGAGCCGCAGUUAGAAUCUGGAGAGAAGUCACCCGAGUUUCUCACGAUGAGCGUCAUUGCUCUUCAUAGUGAGGAUGGGGAAUAUACCAAGCUACCUGAGGGAUGGUACUCUUCAGAUGGCUAUGGAGACAAAAUGGUCCAGUAUCUCAAAGAGCGCAAGGAAGCGGAUGACGACCGUCCGUUCUUUGGAUAUCUCGCAUUCACAGCCCCGCAUUGGCCGCUACAAGCACCACAAGAAUACAUCAAGAAGUAUCGCGGCGUGUAUGAUAAAGGCCCUGAUGAACUUCGACGUACGCGUCUUCAGAGCCUCAAGGAUCUGGGCAUGAUUCCACAAGACGUUGAGCCUCACCCUGUUAUCGCAGAGGAGGUCAAAGAAUGGACCGACUUUAGUGAAGAAGAAAAGGCCCAUUCUUGCCGUACCAUGGAGGUCUUUGCUGGCAUGGUUGAGUGCAUCGAUGCCAAUGUUGGCAAAGUACUCGACUACCUGGAGGAGACCGAUGAGCUAGACAACACCUUUGUUGUCUUCUUGUCUGACAACGGUGCCGAAGGCGCUGCGUACGAGGCCUACCCCAUGGUUCAGGGAUCCAUGAUGCAGCACCUCAAGAAAUACUAUGAUAAUAGCUUGGACAACAUUGGAAACGGGAACUCUUUUGUCUGGUAUGGUCCUCGCUGGGCUCAGGCCGCUACUGCGCCGAGCAGACUAUACAAGGCAUAUACAACAGAAGGUGGCGUACGAGUCCCUUGCAUUGUGAAAGCACCCAAGACCUUCCGUGGCCCUCAUACUGACGGCCGACCUAUCUCGGAUCAAUUCGCAACGGUCAUGGAUCUGGCGCCGACCAUUUUGGAUAUGGCUGGCGUUCCACAUCCUGCUCCGAGCUAUCGUGGCCGCGAGGUUGUCAGCAUGCGUGGAAAGUCCAUGCUUCCGUACUUGAAGGGCACAGAGCCCCGAAUUCAUGAAGCGGACUUCAUUAACGGGUGGGAGACAUGCGGCCGUGCUGCGGUACGUAAUGGUGAUUGGAAGAUCGUCUACAUCCCCAAGCCUAAAGGGCCAGAGCGGUGGCAGCUUUACAACCUUUCCAAUGAUCCUGGCGAGGUGCAUGACCUUUCAGAGCAAGAGCCCGACAGACUUGCCUCAUUGAUCAAACUCUGGGACCGCUACGUACUUGAGACUGGGGUAAUUCCUCUCAGCCCAGAGCUGGGCAAUUGGAUAGCGGCGAUGGAAGAGCAAAUGCCCGAGAAUGCGUGGAUUGAGUAUGAGUAUUGGAAAGAGGGGGCACGUGAUGAUCCAUCGAAAUUUACGAAACAAAUACCUAGGUUUUCUAGGAAGGCAAUCUAG